UACAGUGUUAGUUUUGUGAAGAGAACGACAGGGGAAAGCUUCCCCGCCACUUCUAUUGAUCGUAGCAGGCUCAGAGAAGUUAGCGAGCCAAUGGUAGGAUUAAGAAGCUACCUCGACCACACAUAGUGCGCUGCCAUGGCGGUUGUUGUCGCCUUUGAAGUGCUAGCGGAGACUAGACUAGAGUUCCCCAUAGCCGCCCGCACUGCACCGCACCACUAGUCCACUAGAACAGAGUGCCAAGCCGUCUUCCCCCAAGAGCCACACACCCUUCCGCUGAAGAAGCUGCAGCAGCUUGCGAGCGAUGGCGCUGGCCCGUCGGUUCAUCUUCCUCUUCCCCGCCGCCGUCCUGGCCGGACUCGCCUCCGCCUCCGCGUCGCCCUUCCUGUCUGACAGAGUUUCCCAGGCCAGCACCGGACUGACGGGGAGGAGGAGCUUGCUGCAGACCAAGAACGACUGCCCUAUGGACUUUGAGUUCCAGAACUACACAAUCAUCACAAGCAGGUGCAAAGGGCUGCAACAUCCUACUAUGGAAUGUUGUGCUGCUUUCAAGGAAUUUUCGUGCCCAUUUGCGGCGUAUAACAACAUGCAGAGCACUAACUGUGCGGCCACAAUGUUAACCUACAUCAACCUCCAUGGCACGUACCCAGCAGGUCUAUUCGACGAGUGCCUAGUAGGCAUGGAAGGGGUUUCUUGCGAAGCCAUUCCAGCAAUAGAAACCGGUAUGUCAAAUGGUGGGCAACGAGUUCAAGGACACAAAUCACGGAACUCACGCCAGAGGGCGCUGUGGAUUAUUGCUGUGGCAGCUCCAUUACUUUCAAUACUCAUGUGCUUUAUCUGUUCCGCUAUAUGGAUGAGAAGACGACGAAAAGGAAAGGUAAACUUACACCAUCAAGCUGCCAUGAAUAGGCCGAAAGUAGACACAUUGGUUCCGAGAUUGGAAGAGAAGAGUUCAGAGUGCACUCUCUUUGACUUUUGUGUGAUAUUGCAUGCUACACACAACUUCUCCAAAGAAACUCUACUUGGGCGAGGUGGUUUUGGCCCCGUCUACAAGGGGCAAUUACCAGAUGGAAUGGAGAUUGCAGUUAAAAGGCUUGCCUCACAUUCAGGACAGGGUUUCACAGAAUUCCAAAAUGAAGUUGAACUUCUUGCAAAACUACAACACAAUAAUCUGGUCAAGCUCAUGGGAUGCUGCAUUCAGGGAGAAGAAAGACUUUUGGUGUAUGAAUAUUUGCCAAAUAAGAGCUUGGACUUCUUCAUCUUUGAUGAAAGCAUAACAACUUUUGUUGAUUGGAAUAAAAGAUGUUUGAUAAUCGAAGGGAUAGCCCAAGGUCUUCUAUAUCUCCACAAGCACUCUCGGUUGCGCAUCAUACACAGAGACCUUAAGGCCAGUAACAUUCUCUUGGACCAGGACAUGAAUCCUAAAAUUUCUGAUUUUGGGCUAGCAAAAAAUUUCAGCUCCAAUGAUACCCAAGGAAGUACAAGGAGGGUGGUGGGAACAUAUGGUUAUAUGUCUCCGGAGUAUGCAUCUCAAGGCAUUUACUCGGUCAAAUCUGACGUGUUCAGCUUUGGUGUGUUACUUCUCGAGAUCCUUAGCGGAAAAAGGAAUUCUGGUUUCCAUGAGCAUGAAGAUUUUCUGAACCUCCUUGGAUACUCGUGGCAUCUGUGGGAAGGUGGACGUUGCCUUGAGCUUCUAGAAGCAUCGAUUGCUAACGAGGUCCAUGCGGCAGAGGCUAGGAGGUACAUUAACAUUGCACUAAUGUGCGUACAGGAGCAUGCAGACGAUCGACCGACCAUGUCAAACGUUGUCACGAUGCUAAACAGCGAGAGCGUUGCUCUUCCGGAGCCUAACCAUCCGGCAUACUAUAACCUAACGACAACUAAGGAAGAUGAAUCAGCUAAUGUUCCAUGCAGCUAUAAUGGCGUAACCAUCACUGAGGAGCCGGAUGGCAGAUAGUUGAUCACUUUGCUUCUGUUCUUAAUGAAAGAUCUAGCAAAGCAGACAGCUGGCAUGGUAAUUUUAUAUUUAUCUUUUAAUAUUUCUGCAUUAGUUCAAGCUUAAAUACGCCUAAGAUAGGCAGAUAGACCGGAUCAAGUAAGCCUAUCAUAUUUCGGUUCUGAAGGAUGGCGACCAGCGUAUUUCUGUGGCGGUUGUUCCAUCCUCCGGUGAAUGAUGUUCUGCCGGUAUGCAUAGGCUUGAUACGACAUCCAAGCCAAUACUGUAAUUAGCUUUUAUGCACCCGCGUCAUCAUUUUCCACUGGUGGCUGCUACCGUAGGCUUUGAAGGAGUACAGAAGAAUUUAAUCCGCAAGUAGCUGCAUUAACUGAAUCCUGCUUGGCAAAGUAUGUGUUCCAUCGGUGUGCGUCA